AUGGCUGGAGGUGUAAUUCAGCAGUUAUUGAGAAGGAAACUCCAAUCUCAUUCUCCUAAUGGUUCUCUUAUGUCUUCCAUUAUGACAAAGAAAGAUUAUGCUGGCUCUACUGGCAGCAGCUCAUUUAGAGCUCUUGCGUUGAUUGGAGCUAGUGUCACUGGGUUUUUGGGUUUUGCAACAACAGCAUCAGCUGAUGAAGCUGAGCAUGGCCUUGCAUGCCCAAACUAUCCAUGGCCUCAUGCUGGCAUUCUCAGUUCAUAUGAUCAUGCAUCGAUUCGUCGUGGUCAUCAAGUCUAUACACAAGUUUGUGCUUCCUGCCAUUCUAUGUCUUUGAUAUCAUACCGUGAUUUGGUUGGUGUUGCUUAUACAGAAGAUGAAGUAAAGGCCAUGGCAGCUGAGAUUGAGGUGGUUGACGGUCCUAAUGAUGAGGGUGAAAUGUUCACUCGCCCCGGUAAACUCAGUGAUCGCUUUCCUCAGCCAUAUGCAAAUGAAGCAGCUGCUAGGUUUGCUAAUGGAGGAGCCUAUCCUCCAGAUCUAAGUCUUAUUACCAAAGCUCGUCACAAUGGUCAGAAUUAUGUGUUUGCCCUUCUAACUGGUUAUCGUGAUCCCCCUGCUGGUGUUUCGAUUAGAGAGGGUCUGCACUAUAACCCUUAUUUCCCUGGCGGUGCCAUUGCCAUGCCUAAAAUGCUUAACGAUGGUGCUGUUGAAUAUGAGGAUGGUACUCCCGCCACUGAAUCUCAGAUGGGGAAAGAUGUUGUGUCAUUCUUAUCUUGGGCUGCCGAACCGGAGAUGGAAGAGAGAAAACUGAUGGGAUUUAAGUGGAUAUUUGUUCUAACAUUGGCGUUGCUUCAAGCUGGCUACUACCGUCGCCUUAGGUGGUCUGUUCUAAAGUCUCGCAAGCUGGUUCUUGAUGUUGUCAAUUAACCGCCUUCAGGUUUCUUUUUUCAGUUAUAAGGAAACAAUAUUAUCAUUGGCAGUAAUUUUGUCGAAUGAUUAGUUGCCUUAUCUUUGUCAAAUUCGUUAAUGGAGCUAACUGGAAACGUGUUCAAUUUUUGGUUUGAGAUGGAAAUAAAGCUGUUCCAUAUAGGAGAUUCAGUACUUUACAUAUUUCCCAUGUCUGACCUGUGUAUUGUUAGAUUCUCCUGGAAUCUUGUAAUAAUAUCUUUAUUCAGUUUCGUGCUUUUAUGGCAAAUAACCCCCCGGUUGUGUUU